AUGAAAUUCGUAUCUAUUGUUACUAUUGCUGCUAUUGCCUUAACUGUCUUCGCUGAGGCAGACAAUUUUGAACUCGACAGUGAUGGUCUUGACGAGCGCAAUGACCAACUUGGCGACGAUGCUGAAAAUGUUGCAAGGGCCCCUAAUUCUUAUAGGAAUUGCAACAGAUAUUGUAAGGAUGCUUACGACUAUGGUAGAAAGUACGAACAUAGAAACAACUGGAAAAAAUACCUCUGUACUAAUGACUUCCGUGGUAAACUUGAUCGCUGCAAGAACGGCUGCGACAGGAAAUAUUAUAACCAGCACUGGAGCCGCUAUAUUGAGCCUUACUACCACAAGAGAUGCGAUAGGCGUACAUAA